AUGGGAAACCACAGCGUUGUCUCAGAGUUCAUCCUCCUUGGACUGUCUGCUGACCCCCAAAUCCAGGCUCUGCUCUUUGUACUGUUCCUUGUCAUUUACAUCCUAACCCUGAUAGGGAACCUGAUGCUGCUGUUGGUGAUCUGGGUGGAUUCCCAGCUCCACAUCCCCAUGUACUUUUUCCUGGGACAGUUGUCCUUCCUAGAUCUCUGCCACUCUUCUGUCACUGUGCCCAAGCUGUUGGAGAACCUCCUGUCAGAGAAGAAAACCAUCUCAGUAAAGGGCUGCCUCGCUCAGGUGUUCUUUGUGUUUGCCACCGGGGGCACCGAAUCCUGCCUACUCACUGUCAUGGCCUAUGACCGCUUUGUUGCCAUCAGCUCCCCUCUGCUCUAUGGCCAGGUGAUGAACAGACAGCUGUGUAUGGGGCUGGUGUGGGGCUCCUGGAUCUUGGCUUUUCUGGAUGCUCUCAUCAAUAUCCUUGUAGCUCUCAAUUUAGACUUCUGUGAGGCUCAGAAUAUCCACCACUUUAGCUGUGAGCUGCCCUCUCUCUACCCUUUGUCUUGCUCUGAUGUAUCUACAAGUUUUACUGCCCUGCUCUGCUCCAGCCUCCUACAUUUCACUGGAAAUUUCCUCUUGAUAUUUUUCUCCUAUGUUCGCAUUUUGUUCACCAUCCUGAGCAUCAGCUCCACAAAAGGCAGAAGUAAGGCCUUCUCCACCUGCUCCUCCCACCUCACUGCUGUGGUCUUCUUUUAUGGCUCAGGUUUACUCCGAUAUCUCAUGCCAAAUUCAGGGUCCACUCAAGAGUUAAUCUUCUCCUUGCAGUACAGUGUGGUCACUGUAAUGCUGAAUCCCCUAAUCUACAGCCUGAAGAACAAGGAGGUAAAGGCAGCUGUGAGAAGAACAUUGAGAAAAUGUUUCUGGUGCUUCAAAUCAUAG